AUGUCAAUAAUACCUUAUUCAUCGUUAUGGAAUAAAUUAUUGAAUACUGAUGAAUUUGAUAAUAGAAUUUUUCAUUUUGUUAUCUUUCGUCAAACAACUGAUGAUGAUGCUAACGCACAACAAAAUGUUACUUAUCUUUCAUAUUUUGUACAUAUACCCAAUAUAACUGAAUUAGAAUUUGCAUCAGAAUUUUGUAUAUAUCAAUGUAAAAGUAUUCAAUUUAUUCUACAAGCAUGUCCAAAUGUGACUGGUAUUAGAAUUAGUACUCAAUUAUUGAUGUUAUCAAAAUUCAUCGAUAAUCCAUCACUUAUUCCAGGAUUCAAACAAAUUAAAAUGAUCAAAUCAAUAACAGAAAAAUUUUAUUUUCCUUCAAAUUUUGCAUUAAAACUUGUUCAACGUUUUCCAUCACUUAUUGAUAUUGAACUUCAAGUAACUAUUUUGAUUUAA